AUGGCGCUCAGGGUGGCGGCAUGGGGACUUCUGCUCGUGGCAGCGGCAACACCCUUGGUCGCCGGCAGUCGGGUUCUGCAGGACGAAUCAGAGGUGCCCAACAUUGUGAUGUUCAGCGUGGAUGACAGCCUCCUGGAUGGCACCUGGGGUCUGGCAUACGACGACGUCGUGCUGGCGUCUGGCGCCCAGAGCCCCGCUGGCUGCCGCCCGCCAAUCACCUGGUUCAUCAACUGCUGCGCGCAUGGAGGCACCUCCAGCGACUGCCCCUCGGUGCAGCGGGCUCAUGCGCUGGGGCACGAGAUCGCCACACACACCAUGAGCCACUCUCACGACACCUUGACCUAUGACCAGAGCCAGUGGUCGGAUGAUGUGGGCGGGCAGCGCGACUGGACUGUGAACGAGUGUGGAAUUCCUGCAGACGAAGUGGUCGGCUUUCGCGCCCCUUUCUUCAAAACUACCGACGUGCUGGGCCAGGUUCUGCAGGAUCUGGGCUUCAUGUAUGAUUCCAGCCUGAGGGGCGAGGGCGAGAGCGGGGACCUUCUUGCGGCGGGCCGCCUCGGCUCCACCUCCCCAGACUGCCACGGCUCGGAAGACUCCACCUGCAACUGGUCCGGCUUCUCUUUCUGGGAGGUGCCGGCGUAUGCGCCCCCAGGAGGCGGCCGGUCUGACCCGGAGCCCGUGGACGGCAUGUCGACGCUCGAGAGGUUCCAGGCCGACUUUGAUCGCAAGCAGGGCACCGGCAUCCCUGUCUCCAUCAUCGUGCAUGGCCCCUUCCUGGAAGACCCCAAUGAGAAGCAAGAUAUCGCCGACUUUCUUGCAUGGGCGGCUGAGCAGCCCAACACCUGGUUCCUCACGUACCGCCAGUUCAUUGCCUAG